GUUCUGCUAACCACCUGUAGUUGGAUUGCUCCACUUUUCUGUGCAUUUGUUUUAGGUUCCGUUGACGUGGCGUUGUUGCCAGCGACGUUAAUACGGUCGAAAUAUUGGACACAUAGAAAAGCAAACAUCGUCACAGCCAUAGUUGUGUCCAUUGCAGCCAUUCUAACUGUAUCAAGAUCAAUACCUUUUGGUGCAACCCCACAUGGAUAUGACGCAAUGCAAAGCAACUAUGCCGGACCAAUAGCUGUUACGGAGAAAUACCCCACUGGCUACCUCAAUAUUAGUGAAAAGCAGAAGGUGAUUUUUGACAUCACAAUGUUAAUAGGAACAUCUUCGGUGUGUUUGCCCUUAAUAAUCAAAUUACCUUCAUCGGGCAUGAUGAAUAUGUUUCUUGCUCAGAUCGGUGUGUAUGUUGCCAUUCCAGAUGUGACGGGUUUCAUACAAUGGGAGAUAACCCAUGUAGUUAUUUCUAGCCUAGUUUUCCCCAUAAUCAGUGGUCUCUUGUCUGUCGCCGUAUUCUUUGGAAUCAAGAAGUUAAUUUUGUCAAAGAAUGGAACCCUUUGA